AUGGCGACGGCCACGGCCAUGCCACCGCGGCGGAGGCACGCGGCGACGGGCGCCGCGGCGGGGGAGUGGGCGGCGGUAUCGACCUCGGGCGAGUGGCGGUCGGAGGCCAUCGGGAAGCACCAGCUAGUGCGGCGGACGGGGCUGUCGGCGCGCGACCUCCGCGCGCUCGACCCGGCGCUGUCGUACCCGUCCAGCGUCAUGGGCCGGGACCGCGCCAUCGUCGUCAACCUGGACCGCGUCCGCGCCGUCAUCACCGCGUCCGAGGCGCUGGUCCCCGGACCGCGUGACCCCUCCGUCGCGCAGCUCGUCGCCGAGCUCCGCGCGCGGCUCGCCGCCGCCUCGCCCGCGCCGCCGCGUGCGGUCUCGGUCUGUCUCUGUCUCUCUUGCUUUUCUCCGUCUGAAUCUGAUCCGAUUGGCUUUGUUAGACUGUUUAUGGCUGCUUACGCAAGAUCUCAUCUUUUGGGCGGGUUGAAGGACGGCGAGGCAGGGAAGGACGGGGGCGUCUCGCCGCCGAGCGGCGGCGGCGGCAAGGUGCUGCCGUUUGAGUUCAGGGCGCUGGAGGUGUGUCUCGAGUACGCGUGCAAGUCACUCGAACAUGAGACAUCGAUGCUGGAGAAAGAGGCGUACCCAGCGUUAGAUGCACUCACCUCAAGAGUCAGCACUCUCAAUCUUGAGCACGUACGGCAAAUAAAGUGCCGAUUAGUUGCCAUUUCUGGGGGAGUUCAUAAGGUCAGGGAUGAACUCGAACAUCUGCUAGACGACGAUGCUGACAUGGCAGCGAUGCACCUAUCGGAGAAGGCCGCAUUCCAAGCAGCUAGUCAGUCGUCCAGAUUCGACAUCGGGACAGAACUCGUCGAAAUCGAUGAAGAUAGGGAUGACGACGAAACAGAAGCAGAGCAAGGAUCCAUGGCCUUCAUGCCGAAGAUCGACGAGCUGGAGAGCUUGCUGGAGGCCUACUUCGUGCAGAUCGACGGCACCCUGAACAAGCUCUCAGCUCUGCGGGAGUACGUGGAGGACACGGAGGACUACAUCAACAUCAUGCUGGACGACAAGCAGAACCAGCUGCUGCAGAUGGGGGUGGUGUUGUCCACGGUCACGCUGCUGGUCACCAGCGCCGUCGUCGUCACCGCCGUCUUCGGCAUGAACAUCCACAUCGCGCUCUACAGGAUCACCGACUUCAACGUUUCUGGGAGGCCGUCGGCGGCACGCUCGCCGGCGCGGCCACGCUGUUCGUCGUCGCCAUGCUCUACUACUGGAAGAACGGGAUACUGCGGUGACCGGCCGUCCGGCUCCGGCUCUUCUUCAGCGUGA